AUGGCAAGCAGUGAAUACACUCGAGCAUUUCUAUUGAAUUGCAUUUGUCUGAGGAGCGUUUUGUGGCGAUUCCCUCGAGUGGCCGACUUUUUGGCAUCACGACGAAGUGGAAGCAUGGUAUCAUGCAAUAUGUCAGCCAUUGGCUUACAGAAUAGAGAUUUCUGUAGUGGGGAAUCUUUGGCUGACAACAACCUCCCAACAAAGCAUAGCCCCACGGAUUCCAACGGGACGAGAGAGUGUCAGACAAUCGGUGAAAUGUGUGAAACACGAAUGAAAGGAAUUCUGGUCACUGGUAAGUACAAUGGACUACAUUUUUGUGUCAUUCAUAGUAACAAGAGAGGUGAUCGACCAGGAGGGAGACAGAAGAAGUGCCUGACUAUUAUUAAUCAUCUCGCCGUUCCACUCUGUGAAAAUGAUAGGAAAGAUUCUACUGCACGGCUAUAG